GCUGGGGUCCGGGUGGGCGCGGAACUACAGCCACGUGGCGGGCGGGAGACCCUGCAGAUGCGGUGGGUGUGGCUCGUGGCUCCCCUGAGGGUGCUGAGCGAGCUCUCCCGGGUUGCCUGAAGCCGGGCCUCGCAGGAAGGCUGGGGGUCGAGCGAGCGGAGUGGAGACCGGGCGGCGGGACGAAGACACGUGGCUCUCCUGAAGCGCUAGUCGGGCGCCGCCGAGCUCCGUUUGCCGGAUCCUGAAUCUUUCCCGCGUACACCAGCUUGCUUUGAUCCAUGAAGCCCCCAGGAGGAGAAUCGAGCAAUCUUUUUGGAAGUCCAGAAGAAGGUGUUCCUUCAAGCAAACCUAAUAGGAUGGCAUCUAAUAUUUUUGGACCAACUGAAGAACCUAAAAACAUACCGAAGCGGACAAAUCCUCCAGGGGGCAAAGGAAGUGGUAUCUUUGAUGCAUCGACUCCUGUGCAGACUCGACAGCGACUGAACCCACCUGGCGGGAAGACUAGUGACAUAUUUGGGUCCCCAGUCACUGCCACUGCACCCCUGGCACACCCAAACAAGCCCAAGGAUCAUGUUUUGCUAUGUGAAGGUGAAGACUCUAAAUCGGACCUGAAAGAUACAACAAACUUACCCCGAGGAGAGCAGAGCGAGAAGGGAAGCUCAAAAGAAGCAGACCAUGCCAAGAUAACAGAGCCCACACCUACAGUUGACAGUCAUGAGCCCAGACUGGGACCGCGGCCUCGGUCCCACAACAAGGUCCUGAACCCACCAGGAGGCAAAUCCAGCAUCUCCUUCUAUUGAGAGGCUCCUCCUCUGCCUGUACUCAGACCGGAAACUCA